CUUUGACCCAGUGUUAAGAGGGAUAACAAGGUAUUUGCCCUGCCGAAACAAUGAUCACCUUGUGUAACACCCGAGCAUCUCCUUAACUCCUCAAGAAUCACCCCACACAAUCCUAGCUAAAGCUAUUCGCUCUUGCGAUGCUAGCAGCAGUUCAUGCACAUCCACCACCGUCUGUGCGCGCGGAUGUACUACUUAUGUACGCUGUCCAAACAACAGUGAUAGGGGAUGAGGGCAAGAGUUAUAUCCAUCUGAACACAUUCACGUGCAUACCUUGUCACCUCAUCUGACCAAGGUUUGCGUUUAGAUCGAAUUCUGAUCACUGAGACUUGCAAGAUGUUGGGCAGAUUUGGCGCGUGGCGUUCAUCUCACAACCUGCUUGGUUGUAAGGUGCAACUGGACAUGAUCACCUACACGACUGCAAUCAAUGCCUGUGAGACUGCGAACUGGCAGGAUGCCCUGGGUCUUCUGGUGGCAUCCAGCCAAAGCUUUUCUUCACAGGACCUGAUUGCCAUUAGUGCAGCUGCCAACACCUUGGGAAGUCGCGGCCGAUGGCUGGAGGUCGUGGAGCUCCUGGAGGGUGGGGCACCGGUGGAUGCCACCGCUCAGAACAUCCAGCUCAGUGCAUGCGAGAAGGGCCAAGAGUGGUGCCAAGCGAUGGACCGCUUUCAACUGGCGGCUUGGCGUGGCCUCAGCUCCAAUGCUAUUUGCUACCAUGCCACCAUGAGUGCCUGUGGUGCACGGGAGAAAUGGCAGCACGUGCUCCAGCUUUUCGAUGCCUUCGGUGCCCAGCAGCUUCAAACGAACAUCGUCACCUACGGCGCUUUGCUGAGUGGCCUGGAGAGCGCCGCCCAGGGCUCCGCAGGCUCCGGCGUGCGCUGGCGACAAACGCAGGAGGUGCUGUGUGAUUUGUAUCAGAAUCAGCUCGAAAUCAAUCUAAUUUGCACCAAUGCUGCAAUGAGUGCGUGCGAGAAAGGAGCUCAAUGGCCUAUGGCUUCGCUCUUGCUUGACUCAUUAGAAGCAGUGUAUGUGGAGACCAGCCGCAUUUCUCAGUCCUCUGUGCUCAGCUCUUCGAUGGACUGGGCUUUAGCCAUGAGGCUCUUCUUGGGCUCGGAGACCAGGCGCUUCCUGCCCAGCAUCCUGGACUUCCAAGCACUCUUGGGCGCUUGCAGCACUGGAGGUGCCUGUGGCGUCUUGGUGCGCUUCCUGCCAUGCCUGCGAGAGCUGAGCUUCCAAUGGGUGAAAAAAGGUCGCACCACCGCCGCUCAAGCUUCAAUUGGGAAGGGGUUGCCCUCGGUGUGGCUUUUGCGCUUUGUAGCCAUAGGGCAGCUGUCGAUAGGCGGAUCACUCCGCUCGGGGGACAAAGGCUGUCGUGGCCGCUGGGUUGGUAGGUCCGACACCGCCUACUACCUCGUCGCCUCAGGUGGCAGCAAACCCCGAGCGAUCAAGAAGAGCAAAGCAGAGAAGGCCGAGCAGCGGGUUAAAACCAAAGAGAACAAGGAGAAGCGGAAGACGAAGGUAAAGGAGAAGCCGGAGCUGGAGCCAGUGGCCGAGGAGCACAUCGCUUGCGCACCAGAAGCCCCGAAAGAAGCUCCGGACCCCCCGGAAUUCGCGGCGACGUCGCGGCUGCCGGAGCGCUUGCCGUCCAGCGACAGGUGGCACCGUGCCACCGUGCCACAGGUCUCCUACACCUCGCCGGCGGCGAAAGUCUCGACAGGAUGGAAAGCAGAAGAUGCCGCAGAUGGUACGGCAGCCAAGGAUUUAUUCUUUUGGCACGUGGAGCAGCACAAGAUGCGCGAGACCUUGAAGGUCAAUGCUCCGGACUUGCAGGGUCACCGGCCCUUGCAUCAAGCCGUGCUGAAGAAACGUCAAGAGGUGGUGGCUGAGCUCUUGCGAUUCAACGCUGAUGUGGACGCACGCAAAGCCGAAACAAGCGGAUUAGAGGUUCACGUGGAGCGAUCCUCAUUGCACCAGGUGUGGGGCAUCCGUUGGCAUCCGGAGUACCUGCGGCGCCAGAGGCACAUCUUAGAGCACGUCGUGGACGACACUCCUCUGGGUCGGUGGAAUGAAGAACAGAGAGCUCAAGGUCGCGAGAUUCUCCAACCAGGUGCUGAGCUGGUGGAUGUGAACGGGCAAGCGGGCGCUGGAGCUCAAAGUGUCCUGCGGAAUGCCAAGAAGGUUCAUCUUCUGUUUCGACAAGGAGAUCCACUGAUUGGAGAUUCAGUCAUCCACUUGGCAGUGCGACAAGGUGAUGCACUGCUGCUCUCCCAGCUCUUGAUGGCGAAGGGGGAUCAAUAUGCCUUGGGCGCCCAUGGUGAAACGGCCUAUGAGCUUGCAAAAGGGCAGCCUGAGAUCCUGGAAUUGUUGACCACCUUUGGAGAGGACAAGGCGAUGCGUUCGCUGUCCCGGCAAGUCUCUUAUGAGUGCCCAGAAGUGGAGAGAGUUGGACGACCGAAGACCUACGUGCUUCAAGAUCGGUAA